AUGGAUGUGAAGUGUGAAAAUUUACAGAAUGAUGAGUUCCCCCUGACUAUUCUACAUUUCAAUGAAGACCUUCUUGUGCCUGAGAUUGGUAGCACUGUUGUUAUCAGCGAAAAUCAGACCGAAAGUGUUUGCGAUUCACCUUCAAAAAUAUGGACAGGCAAACGAGUGCUCUGUUCCUUUUCGGCUAAUAAUGCUGAUCUAGAUGAUUAUCCUUUCCACGCUGUUACCUAUGGAGAGCCGGGGGAGUUGUACGGAUUGCCCUAUAAUGAUCAUAAUUAUGCAAAAGUAUGGGAGGAAGAAUCAAACAGUGACAACCAAUUGGCCUUAUUGGCUAAAGUUGCACUGUCAAGGAAAGAGAGCACUGAUGUUGAAAUCCAGCGGUCAGAUUCGUCUGGCAACGGUAACAUGUCGAAUUCCACUGAAGUGAUUUCAAGUCCUGGUUACCGGAGCCCCAGUGUGCCUCAUGUGACGAUUAUUAAAACUCCAUUCUUGAAUCAGAAUUAUCAAACAUCCUCGUCGAUCCAGCAGAAGCUCUCUGGGCCCACGUGCAAGGUCGCGACCUCGAAUGGCCGGACUAUACUUCUUACGCCAAGUCGUGGAAAUUUGGGUGCUUCAGUCCAAAUCCAUCGUGUAUCCUCUGUUAACACAUCUCAGGUCCUUCUGAGGACAGAUUUUGCUUCUACUGGUGUUGGAAAUGUUUCUAAUGGUAUUUCGUCUACUUUCAACGGGUCUAUUCGCUGUAUUUGCGGUUUUACUCGUGAUGAUGGUUGUCUGGUUCAGUGCACGAAUUGCAAAAUUGUGUCACCCAUGCCGUUAAAUAACUCACUUGAAAUGUUCCUUUGUUUUGGUUUAGAACUGAAGUCUCGUGAGGAUAAUUGGUUGGCUGAAGUUAUGCGUCGUAUUGAACGUAUGGAAAAGAAGCGCAAGAAAAAUCCCACAAAGAAGCCGAAAGUGGACAUAGAUAAUAAAUCCGUGGAACCGGAACCUGAACUACACCCUCCAAAGCCUCUUUUUCCUGAUCAACAUGAAGAUAAAAAACAAGUGGAAGUGAAGGAGGAGAUUCCCCUUAAAUCAGAUGAGGCACUCAAGGGGGAGUUGUUAGUUGUUCCAAAAAAGGCACUACGAAAGCCGGCUUCUUCAGCUUCUACUGGAUCUCAUCCACCUACAACUCCACUGUCUCGUGAAGACCGUUGGAUGCAGUGGCAGAUUCAACGAAUCGCUGAAAUGGAGUCUUCUGACGCUCCCGCUGGUGACCAUCUUCAGCACCAAUCGACCAGUGGUUCUUCUAUAAAGCAGCGGCGACGUUGCAGCAGUGGAGCAAAGUCUUCCCUUCCGCGCCGUUCUCCACAGAAGAAGGAGACGUCUGAUCGUGGCACUGAUGGUGCGGGAGGCGAGGCGGAGUGCAGUUUGAUUGUUUAUAAGCGUCGAGAACAAGACCCAAUGGCGAAGUUCAGUCGUUCACGUACGGGCAACCAUCACCGUCAGCAGCAAAAUUUUCUAAACAGAUCGUACAGUCUGGUGGAGAGCUUUGUGGAUGAAGAUUUGCCUGCUGGUGGAGAACUUCUUGAUGAUCAUAGUGGUGUUGUUGGGGCGAACGGAGCCUCGAAUUUCAAUGACCCCAGCUGCUCCAAUGCAGUUCCAUCUGUCGGUUCCUCUUCUCCACCCAAACCCUCUAAAAAGCGAUGGCUUUCGCAGGGUAUCGUCAUUAUAAUUGUCUUGAAUAUUCUUGAUACUCCAUAUUUUUCCCAACCAUUUGCUUUGAAAACUGUGCUAUGCAUCCAUGUUCGAUCGCUUACGAGUGUGCAUACUAGUGAGUACUGGGCUCUGAUGGAGGAAGAUCAACAACAUCAGCAAAAUCCUCCUAGCCGGACAACACCAUCGCCUGUGGACUCACUAACUCCACCUGAUUCCACAUUCAAUCCACUCAACUUUCAAAAUCAACGAGCAUUGAAUCCUAAGAAGCGAAUAAUUUCACAGCUAGAGGAAGCGAUGGCGCAACAACGACAAUCCCCUUCACCACUUGAUUCUCAUAUAGAGGUUUCCCCAUCUUCUGAUGCUCCCACACCUGCAUCGAGGCUCCCACUGAAAAAACGUCAGUCUGAGGAGGAUACAGUAGGCGAUGGUAGCAGACCAGGGACACCAAGGAAACCAAAACUAGAGAAGGUACGAAUGUCUCUCUCGGAGUACCGUCGUCGUCGUGGUCUGAGUACAGCUUCUGUAGAGUCCACAGGAGCGAAUAAAGCACAGGCACUCCCGCCGGUAGUGGUUCCUGUUUCACUUACCACACCUCCCGGUUCUCCUGCAGUUGAUUUGAAACGACUCGCUCUCCCUUCACUGCCACUCGUUCCACCCACAAGUGAGUUUCCUCUGGGAGGCCCUCGGACACCAAGUGAACCUCCCAGUGAUGAGGAUGAGGAAAAACGAAUGGAUAUUUCUCUGCCAACGCUAUCGACACCAUUUCUUCACCGAUCUCAACAGCCACCUCCCUUGUCGGCACCAGCAUCCUUACCGUCGCCUAUGCAAGGGACCGUUGAACGGUUUCACGAUUCCUUCAGCAUCGAUUCCUCUGAAAAGCCACGUAUGCUGUGGAUUUUCAAAAAUAAUUGUGGUUCUUUUCGCAUAACUUGGUUCGAAACGUUAUCUGAGCUUGAUGCUGAUUUCCUGAAAAUCGUUUUAACUUUGUUAUUUAAAAACCAGUUUGGUCAUCAGUGGAAUGCAGCGAUUUCAUCUUAUGAGCAUAGUUUAAAUGUUACACAUUCUACCAUCGGAUGGGAUGGACCCACAAACAGCUUAAUAACAAACACUUUUAAAGGCUAUGAAGGCGGAGGUGAAAGAAACAUGGAGCUUAUUGCAAAAGAACCACUGAAAUCUUUUUUGGGAAAAGUAUUGCACAUGAAAAGUUUGGUUACAUUUCGUUUUACAUCUCAAAACAAAUUGCUCCAUCCAUCUCAUUUUUCCCCUGAAUAUCAUAACAUUGGAAAGGUUGUUUUUUUUAAUUCGUGCAUAUUUAUGCCUUCUUACAAAUACCAGAGAACACAAUGA